CUGCUCGGUUGCUAGUUUCAUUUCUGCGAGUGUGACUGAUCGAUCUAAAGUUAUGUCUUCUCUCUCAAAUCCAAUCGUUGAUUAUUAGCAUUAUUCUGUCUUCACAGAAACUCCUUGUUGCACCGCUGAGUUGACAGCGAGCUAGCUUUUAGUUUAGCUAUGGCAUUCAUGGCGGUCUUGGAAUCCGACCUUCGCGCUUUAUCUGCCGAAGCGCGACGGCGUUACCCCGCCGUUAAAGACGGAGCAGAGCAUGCCAUUUUAAAGCUUCGUUCACUAUCAAGUCCUAAUGAAAUUGCACAUAAUGAGGAUAUUCUACGAAUCUUUUUGAUGGCUUGUGAGGUCAGAACUGUCAAACUGAGCGUAAUUGGACUUUCAUGUCUGCAAAAGCUAAUUUCCCAUGAUGCAGUUGCUCCAUCAGCUUUGAAGGAGAUACUCUCCACAUUAAAAGAUCAUGCUGAAAUGGCAGAUGAGAGUGUUCAACUCAAGACCUUACAGACUAUAUUAAUCAUAUUUCAGUCUCGGUUACAUCCAGAGAGUGAGGAGAAUAUGGCUCAAGCCCUUUAUAUAUGUCUUCGGCUUCUUGAAAAUAACAGAUCCUCCGACAGUGUGCGAAAUACUGCUGCAGCUACCUUCAGACAGGCAGUAGCAUUAAUUUUUGAUCAUGUAGUUCAUGCUGAGUCUCUACCUGCAAGAAAGUUUGGCUCCGGAGGUCAUAUUUCUCGUUCCAGCUCAGUUACUGGUGAUGUUAAUCGCAGUAUCAAUCAUUCAGAGCUGUUGGCGCAUGAACCUGCUUCUGGAGAGCAACUACUGAUGAGGGAGAUCCUAACAGAUGCUGGAAAGCUUGGGCUUCGCUUACUUGAGGACCUGACAGCUCUUGCUGCAGGUGGAUCUGCAAUUUGGUUACGUGUCAAUUCUCUUCAACGGAUAUUUGCACUUGAUAUACUUGAGUUCAUUCUGUCCAAUUAUGUUGCUAUUUUCAAGACCUUGGGUGCUUAUGAACAGGUCAUGCGUCAUCAGAUAUGUUCACUUUUGAUGACUUCACUUCGCACCAAUGCUGAGGUUGAAGGAGAAGCUGGCGAACCUUCCUUUUGUCGGCUGGUCUUGCGAUCAGUUGCUCAUAUAAUCAGGCUUUACAGUUCAUCCCUUAUUACUGAGUGUGAGGUUUUCCUGAGUAUGCUUGUGAAGGUUACUUUUCUUGAUUUACCAUUAUGGCAUCGUAUACUCGUGCUUGAGAUCCUGAGGGGUUUCUGUGUGGAGGCGCGGACUUUACGAAUUCUUUUCCAGAACUUUGAUAUGCAUCCUAAUAAUACAAAUGUUGUGGAGGGUAUGGUUAAAGCUCUUGCUCGAGUUGUUUCAAGUGUACAGGUUCAAGAAACAAGUGAGGAGAGCCUGACAGCUGUUGCAGGGAUGUUUAGCAGCAAGGCCAAAGGGAUAGAAUGGAGUCUGGAUAAUGAUGCAUCCAAUGCUGCUGUCCUGGUUGCCAGUGAAGCUCAUGCAAUUACAUUGGCGGUUGAAGGGCUGUUGGGCGUUGUCUUUACUGUAGCUACUUUGACAGAUGAAGCAGUGGAUGUGGGGGAGCUUGAAUCUCCCAGAUGUGAGUAUGAACCUGUGGCAAAAUUCACUGGGAAAACUGCUGUUCUUUGCAUUGCAAUGAUUGAUUCAUUGUGGUUGACCAUCCUUGAUGCCUUGUCCCUUAUUUUGUCGAGGUCACAAGGAGAGGCUAUUGUGUUGGAAAUAUUGAAGGGAUAUCAAGCAUUCACUCAGGCAUGUGGGGUUCUUAAUGCUGUAGAACCUUUGAACUCCUUUCUAGCAUCGCUUUGCAAAUUUACUAUUAAUUUCCCAAAUGAAGCAGAGAAAAAGAGUGCAGUACAGUCUCCUGGGUCAAAGCGUCCUGAAUUACUUGUUGAACAGAGGGAUAAUGUUGUUCUUACUCCCAAGAAUGUGCAGGCUCUAAGGACUCUCUUCAACAUUGCUCAUCGGUUGCACAAUGUUUUGGGGCCAUCAUGGGUUUUAGUAUGUUUUGAAACUUUAGCAGCUCUUGAUCGAGCAAUUCAUUCCCCACAUGCCACCACACAGGAAGUCUCAACGGCUGUUCCAAAGCUUCUAAGAGAAUCUUCUAGCCAAUACAGUGACUUUAGUAUUCUGUCUUCUUUGAAUUCCCAGCUUUUCGAGAGUUCAGCACUGAUGCACAUAUCUGCAGUUAAAUCACUUCUUUCUGCAUUAAGUCAGUUGUCACACCAAUGCAUGUGUGAGGCAUCGGGCAGUUUUGGGCUGGCAAUGAAUCAAAAGAUUGGAAGCAUCAGUUUUUCAGUGGAGAGGAUGAUAUCCAUCCUUGUCAACAAUCUUCACAGAGUGGAGCCACUGUGGGAUCAUAUUGUGGGUCAUUUCCUAGAGCUCACUAAUAAUUCUAAUCAGCAUCUGCGAAAUAUGGCACUUGAUGCAUUAGAUCAAUCAAUAUGUGCUGUUUUAGGUUCUGAACAGUUCCAGGGUUACAUUUCAUCCAGACCACAUGGGACAUCUCAUGAUGUGGAAACUAGGCAUGCAGAAAUGAGAUUUCUUGAAUGUUCUGUCAUAUCUCCACUUAGAGCUCUGUAUUUUUCCACUCAAAGCUCUGAUAUUCGUGCUGGCUCCUUGAAAAUUCUUCUUCAUGUCCUAGAGAGGCAUGGAGAGAAAUUAUAUUACAGCUGGCCAAAUAUUCUUGAAAUGUUAAGGUCUGUUGCAGAUGCAGCAGAGAAAGAUCUUGUCACCUUGGGAUUCCAGAGCCUACGAGUCAUUAUGAAUGACGGUCUUUCUUCCAUACCUACAGAAUGUCUCCAUGUAUGUGUGGAUGUCACUGGAGCCUACAGUGCUCAGAAGACCGAGUUAAAUAUCAGUUUGACAGCAAUAGGCCUCUUAUGGACCACAACUGAUUUUAUUGCCAAGGGGAUCCUGCAUGGACCUCCAGAAGAAAAGGAAACAAGUGGUCUUGAUGCACCUCCCAAUGUGAAGCAAAUGGUUGGUGAAUCAAAGGAAGAGCAGACUUUAGAACUGCCUGAUAAAGUAAACGACCAAGGUCCCUCAUUAAAUAUUGUUGAUUGUGACAAGUUGCUUUUUUCUGUCUUCUCCUUACUUCAAAGGCUUGGAGCCGAUGAGAGGCCAGAGGUUAGAAAUGCUGCUGUUAGGACACUCUUUCAAACUCUUGGAAGUCAUGGACAAAAACUUUCAAAAAGCAUGUGGGAGGACUGUCUUUGGAAAUAUGUAUUUCCUGCUCUGGAUCGAGCUUCUCACAUGGCUGCAACGUCAUCAAAAGAUGAAUCACAGGGGAAAGAACUAGGAACUCGAGGAGGAAAAGCAGUUCACAUGCUGAUUCAUCAUAGUCGUAACACAGUUCAGAAACAGUGGGAUGAAACGCUUGUGCUGGUCCUUGGUGGGGUAGCACGUCUGUUACGUUCUUUCUUUCCUUUUCUCAGUAGCUUAAGCAAUUUCUGGUCAGGAUGGGAAUCAUUGCUUCUUUUGGUAAAUAAUAGUAUUCUAAAUGGUAGUAAAGAAGUUACUAUUGCUGCAAUAAACUGUCUGCAGACAACGGUUCUUUCCCACUGUCACAAGGGUAAUUUGCCAAUGCCGUACCUUAACUCCGUACUUGAUGUAUACGAGCAUGUUCUUCAUACAUCACCAAACUACAGUAAUAAUGCAAUUAGCAAGGUGAAGCAGGAGAUUUUACAUGGUCUUGGUGAGCUGUACGUGCAGGCACAAAAGAUGUUUGAUGAUAAGAUGUUCUCUCAAUUGAUUGCAAUAAUAGAUUUGGUAGUUAAGCAAGCCAUUUCCACUAUUGAUCACUUUGAAAGUGAAUUUGGACAUGUUCCACCUGUGCUGCGAACUGUACUGGAAAUCUUACCACUAUUACGUCCGACAGAGCGUAUCUCUUCAAUGUGGCUAGUACUUCAGGAGCUUUUGCAAUAUCUUCCAAGAUCAGAUUCUUUAAGAAAUGAGGAUGAUGAGGUUAAGCAAGCCGGCAUAAGUGGCAAUAUCCCAGGCAAUAAUAUGAAGAGAAGGGAUGGAGUACCCAAUGGUACAGGUUCCAUGAUCUCAAAAGAAGCUGAAGCUCCACGUCAGCAUUCUGGAUCAACCACAACUGCAGUGGGUGGAAUCCCAAGUUAUGUGUUUGCAGAAAAGAUUGUUUCAGUGCUGAUAGAUCUUUUCCUACAGGCUCCAGUAGCUGAAAAGUAUAUCAUAUAUCCUGAAAUUAUUCAGAGCCUUGGAAGGUGUAUGACAACAAGAAGAGACAAUCCAGAUGGGUCACUUUGGCGAUUGGCUGUUGAAGGCUUCAAUCGUGUUCUUGUUGAUGAUUUUUGCAAACUUAAUAUGAACUAUGGAUCAGAUUUGAGAAUCAAUAGACCUGCACGAAUGCGUAUCUGGAAAGAAGUAGCAGAUGUUUACGAAAUAUUUCUUGUGGGUUGUUGCGGACGUGCCAUCCCUUCCAACUCUCUCUCAGCCGAUGCACUUAGAGCAGAUGAGGCAUUGGAGAUGACCUUUCUACAUAUUCUGGGUGAUGAGAUUCUUAACUCACCAAUUGAUGCACCAAUUGACAUUCUGGAGCGACUAGUAUCGACUAUGGACCGUUGUGCAUCACGCACAUGCUCUUUGCCUGUUGAGACUGUCGAACUAUUGCCGUUUCAUUGUAGCAGGUUCUCCCUAGCUUGCUUGCAGAAGCUUUUUCUUUUGAGUAGGUAUGACAAUGAAGCAAGUAAUUGGAACUUGACAAGAUCUGAAGUCAGCAAAGUCUCAAUCAUGGUUCUUAUUACUAGAUGUGAAUGCAUCUUCAACAGAUUUCUGAUGGACGAAAAGGACCUAGGUAGAACGCCGUUACCAGCUGCAAGGCUUGAAGAAAUGUUUCAUGUCCUUCAAGAACUGGCCCAUCUAAGUAUACAUCCUGAAACAUCAUCUACUCUCCCUUUGCCUCUUCAUUUGAGAAGUAUUCUAGCAAAUGAGGAUCACAGCAAACAUCCACAUCUAUUUGUUCUCUUUCCUUCCCUCUGUGAUCUUGUAAUAACGAGGGAAGCAAGAGUCAGAGAGCUGGUGCAAACGCUACUAAGACUCAUCACCGGAGAAUUGGCGCUUGAAAAGGUUGGGGUUUCCAGUUGAUACAUGGAAGGAUGAAUUUCAAAACGGGUAAUUAUGAAAUUGAGUUAUCGUGGAAUAUACUUGUUCAUAGAAUGGCGCAGGUGAGGGAAUUUUCUUUUUUCUUAUCCUCCAUUAUUUAGUGUUGUAUUAUGUAGGGUUUCGUGGUAUUUAGAGGAUUUAUUUUUUGAGUGAACAUUUCAUGUAUGAGGUUGAUGGUCAGUUAUAGUUUCUCUUGUAACCCCAGUGGUGUUGAAAUAAUGUACAAUUUUGUUCUUCAGUAAUAUAAAUGGUUUUUCAUCGA